AUGGUGUACAUUCGCGCAUUGUUUUUUGCCAUCGCACUUGCGGGAUGCAGCCCAACUCUAGCCGAAGAUGCUACCAACGUGCAAUCUGACAGCUUAGUAAGAGAACCUCGUACUUUACAUAAGAAGAAAUUGUGCAAAAAGUAUGGAAUUUGCGAAGGUUUUGGAGGUUACCAGGGGGGUUACCAAGGUUACCAUGGAUACCAAGGAUAUCAAGGAUACCCUGGUUAUCAAGGGCCAUACCAGCCACCGAUAAACAUAGCCAUAAGUCAGUCGCAGUCUUCAGCCAACGAGGGCGGUGGUGGUCAUGCAAAUGGAUAUUAUCCCCACAACUACCAACAAAAUGGGUAUCCCAACCAUGGAUAUAACCAAGGAUAUAACCAGGGUUAUUAUAACAACGGUUAUGAAGGUCAUGGAUACAAUGGCUACAGGCCAGGUUAUAGCAAUGGCAAUGGAGGCUACAACGCUCAAUUCAAUGGAAACUAUUACUCUGGUCCUCGUGGAGGAGGCUAUGGUUUCCAAGGUUUUGGAUUCAGAGGCGACGGGUAUGAUGGUGAAGAUUACGAUUAUCAGGACAACUUUGGAUUCGCUCGGUCCAAUGCUGGUGCCAGCGCUAGUGCCACUGCUGUCGCUGAGAGUAAAACUGAAUGA